GCAAAAACAUAGUAACCGUGUUAAAAUGUGCGUGUGUUAAUGAGCGUGUAAGCAUGGAGUCGAGGUGUUAUUAGAUAGACAGAUAGAUAGAGAUAGACAGACAGACAGGCAUAUCAAUCGAUUAAAGAAGUAAUGUGAUGAAUAAUUAUCCAAUUCUCUAGUAUUCUUUCUCAAAAAUACUUAAACACAUACUACUUAUAUACAUAUACUAAUGAAUUAGACCAAAACUGAAUUCAUCCAUCUAUCAAGAAACAUCAUUAUUUCAAGGACAUAUCCUCGUGAGGAGCGAUCUUGUUAACAAAAUCAUGAAUAACUUAAUUUUCACUACUCACACAAUUUAUUGUCGAAAUUCCAAGAUAUUUACAGUUCUGAUAUGGAUCACAUUCGGUGCUAUUGUCGGCUGGUAUAUUGGCAGUAGUUAUGAGGAUUCAUAUAUGGCAAAAAUUGAUCCAAGAUAUAACAAUUUCAUAUUUAUCGGUGGACAUGAAAGCACCGGUACCGGUUUAAUGCGCAUUCUCCUCGAUGUCCAUCCCUCUGUAAGAUGUGGUCCUGAACCAGUGGUGACAACCUCUUUGUUACGCUUGAAAAUGUUAUCUGAAUACAAUAUGUAUCAGUUGGAAGCGGCUGGUAUCUAUACGCAUGUUUUUAAUCGUGCUAUUGCAGCGUUCAUCAGUGAAAUCAUCAUCAACAUGGGUGAAUCCGCUGAACGUCUGUGUCAUAAACAACCAUUUUCAUUUUAUUAUCUAAAAUAUUUAUAUGAAAUAUUUCCAAGAUCGAAAUUUAUUCAUAUGACACGAGAUGGACGAGCUGCUGUGGCCUCUACUAUUAGACGUCAAGUGAAUCCACUCUAUGUAUCCAGCAAACCAGAAAAAGCAUUUGGUUAUUGGGAGAAUUUAACAACAAUUAUAUUGGAUGAAUGUCGACGUAUUGGUUCAUCACGUUGUAUCACUGUUCGAUAUGAAGAUUUAAUUUUGAAUACAAAAUAUGAAAUUCAAAGAGUGUUAAAUUUUCUCGAUCUAACUUGGGAUCCAAUAGUUUUAAAACAUGAAACUGUUAUCGACAAGAUAUCUCAACUUAGUCCUUAUGAAGCCAGUUCAAAACAAGUUGUGAAUAAAAUUCAUCGAAACUCCUUGUUGUCAUGGCUAGAAAAUAAUGAUACAAUUUUACCAAAACAAUUGAUUGAAACAAUUCAUUUAAAGAGUAAAAUGCUACAUCAGCUAGGCUAUGCACAAAUUGGUUUCCCGCCAAAUUAUUCUUUAUUAAAACCGAUUGAAUAAUGAAUGAUAGCAUUUGAAAUAAAAUUUAAUCUGUGAAUAGCUUGCUUACUUGCUUAUUUAUUCAUUUUUGAAGAUAAAUAUAUGUAAAUUUAUUUUUUAAACAAGGCGUUUUGUG